AUGUCGUCCCAAGAACGAACCCAGACCCCUCAAUUCGAAGAGAAGAAAAUCACAGUAUUCGGAAGAAGAAAUGGACACGCCCAGACCGACUGCGACGACAAAGACGGCCGUCUUGCUCUGACUAUUGCCUGCGCCUUCGGCCCCGCAGACAUCGUGCGAGACCUACUGGAUGAAAGGGCCCAGAUCAACGGCAUGAGCUAUCACACCGCGGUCAAAGUGUCAGAAAAAGAAAGACUCACGGCGAGGAGGAUCAUCAUGCAGCGUCUUAUCAAAGAGGGAAGCGACAUUGAGGCCUGGUAUUCGGAUGGUCAAACGCCGUUGUUUAAGGCCGUGGUUUUGGGGAAUCCGAGAAUGGCAAAGUUACUCCUAGACCACAAAGCCAAGCCUGAUCACGUUGACAAUCAACGGGCAAUGCCACUGGAAUAUGCAGUGGCACUCGGUAAUUGCCCUUCCAAUUCGUCCCGGGACUCUGGGACCUUCGACAUACCAGGAGUUGUGGAUGUGCUCUUGAAAAGCAACCCCGACAUGCUAAUAGCGAGAAACAAACUGCAACUAACUCCAACGGGGGUAGCUAUCUCAUGUGGUAACUCGGAGAUGGCGAAGCUGCUGCUCCAAUAUCCAGGUGGCGACAUUGAGCAGGGCGUAUUGCGUAUGCUUCCUUUGUGCCACGCCGCACUCAAGGCCAACGAAGCUAUGAUAGACGUUUUCCUACAGGGCGGCGUAUCUCUCAAAGGAACGGAUGGUCGCUUCGGGCGAAAUGCUCUCUCCUGGGCCAUCAGUCAAGGCAAUAAAGCCGCUUUCACGCGACUUUUGCAGAUCCCUAGAUUUAGAUGGGACGAUGUGGAUCGAAUGGGCAGGACUCCAUGGACUCUUCUGGCUGUUGUCGAGGGUCACACGACAUUCUUUGAGGAGCUCAGAUCGCGAGACAGCGACGUUCAUCGCCCGGAUCGAUUUGGCCUCACACUGUUUGCGGCCGCUCAGCAUGGUUAUUGUAGAAUUGUCUGGCAAAUCCUCAAGAACAGUCCUCUCAAGCAUAAGCCCAAAGAUCGCUUUGGUCGCAGUCUAACGUGUUUGGAUUUCUUAAAUGUGCAAUUUCCCCCACAACAUCAUUGCUUGGCUACCAUCAACAUUGAAACUCAAAGUACCGCAAUGUCGUCUAUCAUCUCGAGCGACGGGGCCCUUGCCACCUUGUAUGCUGGAAAUGGGUAUCGAGGAGAGGACUCUCCUCUGAUGCUACGGUCCGAUCUCUACGAGAAGGUGAUAAAUGGCGGGAUGAACUCCGCGCCCGCAUUGCUGGCUUUUCUUUGUGUGUGGGCCAUUUGGAAACCGCCACAAUUUCUAUCUACUGGCACGAAAAAUGGCGAUUUAAAGCUGGACAUCAUUGCGUUGCUCAUCCUCGGCAUGGCGAACUUUUCGCAGGCAUUUUUGAACUUCACGGUUUCACGCAGAUCUGGCAGGUGGAUUAUGGGCAGAGGGCUCGAUAGCAUUACCAUUCUUGAUGCUGUGUUUACUGUUCUGGACUGGAGUGCUGCUGUCUUCAAGAUUAGACUCGCAUGA